CGGAUCUCCGCCCAUUUCGUCAUUUCGGACAUCCCGCCAACCCCGCCUUACUAUGAGCAAAAAGUUCAAGUCCCAGGCCUCCAGCAGCCGCGCCGCCGCCGGUGCUUUCGGAUCGUUUGGCGGGUUCUCGAGCGCUUUCUCCAGCCAAGGAAGAGAGCCCUCUUCUCUUACAUAUGUGGCCGAACCCCCGGAUCUUUCCCGGAUAUCGGAGGCGCAAUUGGCCAUCGCGUUCAAGAACUUCCUGAAGAAAGAUGAUGUCACACGGACCAAGGCUCUCGACGAUCUGAGGGAUCACGUUUUGGGAGUCGAGAGCCGCGGCGGGACCCUUGAUGACGGGUUCCUGGAAGCUUGGAUCAAAAUCUACCCGCGCGCAUCUAUAGAUAUCUCCCGUCGCGUGCGACAAACGGCUCACGCGACUCAAGGGGCGAUUGCCUCCCUCGUGGGGAAACGCAUUGCCCGCUUUCUACCCAAGGUCAUUGGCGCGUGGAUUGCGGGACUCUACGACAACGACAGGCCGGUUCAUCGGUCCGCGGUGGAGUCGUUCACCCGCGUCUUCUCGACUGAGGAGAAGAGAAGUGGCGUGUGGAAGGUCUACCAGAGUGCCAUUCUGGAUUUCGUCGACGAUGUCAUCCUUCAGCAGACGGCUCUCACUCUGAGCGACGAGAGAACGGUCAAGCCCGACGAUGCGCAGGCGAAAUAUGCGCGCGUGGCAGGGACUGCGCUGUUGCUGUUCAACCGGGUCAUUGGGAACUCGACUCAUGACGAACUGCAGAAGGAUCUGCCUACGAUUGAGAACCUCCUAGGAAGUAAAUCCCUGUGGGCUCUCUCCUACCACGAUGACCCCUUUGUCCGCAAGUCACUCUACAUCCUUGCCCGGUCUGCAGCUUCCAAGGAACCGGAGGAGCUGGAUUGGAAGCUCAUCAGUGCGGCCUUGAUCGGCAAGUCUUUGCACAGCUCGCAACUGGGCUCUGCGACAGAAUUGUCUGAGACCGUUUUGCAGGUGACAUCCGCAAGGCCUCAAUUAUGGACAGAUGACUACUCUGGGAAGUCAUCUUCCUCGAAAAGACUACUUCAGUACAUCCAGAAAGGGUCACAGGGAGGACUGGGCUCGUUUUGGCCAAACCUAUACCAACUGCUGCAGAUUAUCCCGUUCCAGACCCUGGCGAAUAUCGACCCGCAAUCGGCCCCUGAAAGUACUCUGGGAUUGUCGAGUGCGGUGGCACUGACAGAGUCGUUCCAGGAGGGCCUGAACUCAAGAGAUGAGCCCCGACAGAAUCGCGCCAUUGGCUGGAAGGCCUACAUUGAUACUGUGAUGUGGCUUGCGAGUCGGCUUGCUGAAGGCGACCGAGAGAGCUUCUUACGCGAGAGACUUUGCCUCCUGAUACUACAACAUGUCACGCCCCAGCAGGACCGUAUUCAAUGGACGCUUCCUCUCCCAUCAGCUGAAGCUCUCUGCACAGAUUGCCUUGUCUCGCUGACGACGCAAGGGUUUGAGUCGUGCUUGAAACAAGUGUGGACGCAGCUAUCAGACGGCUUGCUCGAAGCCGUGAAACUCUCCUCGCCAGAGCAAUCGAAGGACUUCCUGUCUUCCCAGGACGCAGUCUGCGCGCAAGCUGGGCGCUUCUUUGCUUUGGAGGCCUCAUUGCUCUCACGUUUGGCGGAGAGUGACCAUGAAGCCAGAGCAUUAGAAAUCUUCAAGAAUGCAAACCUGCCCUUGCUUGAUAGCUGCCUGGAAGUUCUGCAUUCGCGGAACGGCAAGCCGUACGGGGCCGCUGCUGUCGUCGAAGAAACGAUCCGCAGGGUCCCGCAGAUCGCGCAAGGCUCGCAAUCACUGUUGAGCUUUGUGCAAGAAGAUGCCCCGGAACUCCUAUCUUCGCCAUCUGCGGACCGCUUGAUAUCUAUCAUCUUGUCUUGCCGAUCGUGGGACGGGUUUGGCCCUAGCUUUGAGAAGGUCAUCGAGCGAGUGGCGCAAUCUGACCCAGAGUCGACAAACGCACAUGCUGUCCAGAAGCUCCUCUCCACCCUCGACUUCCAAGAGGUGGACGAGAAGACCGGGCUGGUUUCUCUGAUCAUGCGGGCUCUAAACCGUGCCUGUAACGGCAGCGACCUGCACUGGUCGAUCGUUAUCGCGGUGCUCCAGAACCGUACGUCUCACGGAGAAUUGGCAGAUUCGAUAUUCCUGGCCAUCAUAGAUGCCCUGUCUGAGGAGAGCACGGUCUUCGAUACGCUGCAUGGACUUUCUCGGGUUUCCACUUCUGUACCAAGCGCUGUCCGAAGCUUCCAGAGCGGAAGCCAGGGCUCCAAACUGACCGGAAAGCUGCUGUUCCUCUCGGAGUCAUCGGAGGAAGAGGUGGCAAGUCUUGCUGAGACUCUGUCGAAGACCGUCAAAGAGUCGGUCGUCGGUGAGACAAGUGCCAAGUCAACGGUCGAGAUUUUGCGGCAUAACUUCGACAACGUCAACAACGAGUCGCUUUCGAUCGAAUCUUUGUGUGGAAUUGCGGAAGAGCUGCUCCACAACAUCAAGCCAGAGGAUAUUGGUCGAGUAGCAAAGGAUAUCCUGCCGUCCCGCCAGGCUUGGGAGCAAUCCCUGGGGCCUUUUCUUGAACUUCCUCCUCGGUCAUCGGCCGCGAUCACCAGUCCGAUUGGGGGUGCCGUCCACCUGGUGGAUCGUGCUCUACCGGCCACAUUCUCAGAGCGCUACGAACGUGUUGCGCGUGAUUCAAACAACUGCUCGUCCGCGUUCAGGUUGGCUUAUUACACCGUCAAGAUUCUCUCUUCGUUUGAUCUUGCUGGACGCCUUGGCACUGAAGAGCUUGAGACGCUAUUUUGGAACGUGCCUCUGGCGGUGCAGCUCGUUGACGACGACUUGAGCAUCCAGAACUGUAACGGAAUCACCGGAAUCACGCAUCCGGAGCAGCGGGAGGAGUACAUGGAAGUAGUCAACGAUGGUCGAAAGGUCAUCAAUGGCUGGGCUCACUCGCAAGACCACAAUGCAGGACAGACAGUCGCUUCCAUUCUUUCAGCUUUCUGGAAAGACAGAAUCGAGAAGCUGGAUGGCCUUUCUCCCUCCGACUAUCAAGUCGGGGUAGCCUUUGUGAGGAUCAUGGAUUCUCUGGACACCUCAGACAAGCAUCGGUCCACGGACGAGGUGACACAGCUAUGUCGCGACAUGAGAAAAGCCAAUACAAUUCACUCGGCUUGUUUGGUGGCCGUUCUGCGACACUCGAUCCUGGCAAACCCUGCCGGUACACGACUGUGUAACGAGUUUGUCGCCGACUCUACUGGGCUGAAGCCCCAGCAAGAGAGUACAGAUGGCCUCCGAAAGCUGGUGCUGCUGAACCUCUUAUUAUCAGGGGCAGAAGAAGCUGCCGCUUCCAUCCCAACGCAGCGUCUGGUGUUCCUGAUCAACCAUCUCAUCCAAUGUCUCCAGUCUAGCAUGCCUCUCAGCCUCAAAACCGAAAUCCUGCAGACCUUGGCAGUUAUGCUGCCGAACAUUGUGGAAAUCUACGGCUCUCACUGGGAGAAGUGCAUCGACAUCAUCAGUACGACAUGGCAAGAAAUCGGUGGCGGCGACGAAGCAGUCCCCGCGCUGCAGGCGUCGUUCAGACUUUUUGCUCGUAUCAAGGCGAUCGCAGCCGACGAUGAGAGCAACGAUGAUGUAAAAGACGCAUGGUCCGAUGGAAAGACGAGACUGUUUAACAGUCUGGCAUCGACGUUAAGGAAAUUCGACUCGUCAACUACUUUCCACCAACCGCGAGACGUCGCUGUCGACCUCCUAUGCCGCCUUCUGAACGCCAUACCCAUUGAGAACUUGGAAGACGUGGGCAAGUUCUUCCCGCUGCUGACGGCACAGAGCCCAGCUGUGCAGCGGGCGGCCUACACUGUUCUCCACCGGUACAUCCCGAGCGUGCAGGAGCAGGUGUCUUUCGAUGUGGCACUGUCCAAGUCGACAAUCGGGCUGCCCGACGAGCUCAUGUCUCUGCUGCUUGAAGCGCCAACGAUGGAUUCCGUCAACGCCGCCUAUGGCGACGACCGGAUGUGGGCCGAACUGCGGUCGUAUCUGCUGAGCUGGAAGAUCGUCUUCGACCACUUCGUGAACGCGUCUCUCACCGUGCAAGAGAACUACGUCACCAGCAUCAAGGAGAACGAGAGCCUCAGCCCGCUCCUCGAAUUCACCUUCGACUUCCUCCAGCGAUCCGGCGGAAAAAUGGUCGAUGCAUCCCGGUUCGACAUCCGCUCCUUCGAGCCCGACCAAUCCGACACCCCGGAGAAAGAAAUCCAAUGGCUCCUCAUCCACAUCUACUUCCUGUGCCUGAAGCACCUCGCCAACAUGACCAAGGCAUGGUGGCUGGACACGAAGAAGCGCAUCAAGGGACCGGUGGAAGCCUGGACCGAGAAACACAUCUCCCCCUUGGUGAUCGAAGAAUCCCUCCGCGGCGUGACGGAGUGGAUGUCCACGCAGGACCCGAACGAAGAGCGCGCCCUGAACGUGAAGAUCUCCGCCAAAACCGCCGAAAUCAUCGCGAGCAUCCCCGUCGACGAAGAAUCACCGCCGGUCGCGCUCUCCCUCUCCCUGCCCCCAGCCUACCCGCUGCGGCCCGCCCUGGUCGUCGGCCGCAGCCGCGUCCUCGUCGACGAGAAGAAAUGGCGCAGCUGGCUCCUCACGAUCCAGGGCGUGAUCAUGUUCGCCAACGGCAACCUGGUCGACGGGCUGCUGGCGUUCCGGAAGAACGUGCAGGGCGCGCUGAAGGGCCAGAGCGAGUGCGCGAUCUGCUACUCGGUUAUCUCGACGGACAUGCAGACGCCGAAUAAGCGGUGCGCGACCUGCAAGAAUACGUUCCACUCCGUGUGUCUGUUCCGCUGGUUUAAGAGCAGUAACCAGAGUACGUGCCCGUUGUGUCGGAACAAUUUUGUGUAUGUAUGAGGGGACUGGGUGUGUAGUUGGAUGGAUAUAGACAUGCAUUAUUUCAAGCUAUUUGCCUGGUUUUAUUGGAUGUAGUGGUUGUAGGGCUUUU